AUGGAUGAAGAAUACGACGCAAUAGUCCUGGGAACAGGUUUGAAGGAGUGCAUCCUAAGUGGAAUGCUUUCCGUAUCCGGAAAGAAGGUACUGCACAUUGAUCGUAAUAAGUACUACGGUGGUGAAUCUGCGUCAAUUACCCCGUUAGAAGAAUUGUUCGCAAAGUUCAACGCACCGGCUCCCGAUGAAACAUACGGUCGAGGUCGCGACUGGAAUGUAGAUUUGAUUCCCAAGCUUUUGAUGGCCAAUGGCCUCCUUGUUAAGCUUUUGAUUCACACGGGUGUGACUCGUUAUUUGGAAUUUAAGUCUGUGGAAGGCAGCUAUGUCUACAAAGGCGGAAAGAUUUCCAAGGUCCCUGUCGACCAAAAGGAAGCGCUGGCUUCGGAUCUUAUGGGGAUGUUCGAGAAGAGACGCUUCCGCAAUUUCCUUAUCUACGUUCAAGAUUUCCAGGAAGAUGACGCCAAGACCUGGAAAGACUUAGACCCGAACACAGCCAACAUGCAAUCGCUGUAUGACAAGUUUGGUCUUGACAAGAAUACCCAAGACUUCACGGGGCAUGCACUAGCCCUCUACCUCAAUGAUAACUACCUCCAGCAACCAGCUAUCCAAACUAUUCGCCGUAUUAAACUGUACUCCGAUUCACUGGCUAGGUAUGGAAAAUCUCCAUACUUGUAUCCUAUGUAUGGUCUUGGAGAGUUGCCUCAGGGCUUUGCUCGUCUCUCUGCUAUUUAUGGAGGUACCUACAUGUUGGACAAACCCAUAGAUGAGAUUGUUCUUGGAGAAGGUGGUAAAGUGGUUGGUGUGCGUUCUGGCAAUGAAAUAGCCAAAUGCAAGCAAGUUUACUGUGACCCCAGCUAUGUUCCUGACCGUGUUCGCAAGAAGGCCCAGGUGAUCCGAUGCAUCUGUUUGUUGGACCAUCCUAUACCAAACACAAAGGAUGCUCUUUCCACCCAAAUUAUCAUUCCUCAAAAGCAAGUGGGCAGGCAUUCCGAUAUUUAUAUUUCAGUUGUGUCAUACACACACCAGGUAGCUGCCAAGGGCUGGUUCAUAGCUAUGGUGUCCACUACUGUUGAAACCAAUGAUCCCGAGAGUGAGAUUAAGCCUGGCUUGGAUCUGCUUGGGCCCAUCCGACAGAAGUUUGUGUCGGUGUCUGACUACUAUGAGCCCAUUGAUGAUGGAACUCAGAGCCAGAUUUUCAUUUCUGAGUCAUAUGAUGCUACCACACACUUCGAGACUACUUGCUUAGAUGUGAUUAAAAUAUACAAGUAUGGAACCGGUGAAGACUUUGACUUCUCCAAAGUAAAAGUGGAGCUUGGGGAGGAGGAACAGUGA